CCUCGUGGCACUGUCCCAUAUAACUUUCUGCGACGAUGGCUAUUGAGUACUUGAAAUGUGGCUAGUGUCACUGAAGGACUGGAUUUUUAACUUUCAAAUUUUAUUCAAGUUUAAUUGUUUUAAAUGUAAAUAACCACAUGUGGUUAGGGCUAGGGCGUUCGUCUGGCUCAGCGGAGGGGAGUUAUUCAUGGCCACAGGGCAGCAGCGCCAGGCGGCUGGGCAGUGUGGACACUGCGACGCGCGAGUUCAACGCGCUGUGUCUACACAGCAAUUUCUUCCACUUAUAAACAGGAGUGGCAGGAACGCCCAGGAUUCAGUUCAGGCCCUUGCGUUCGGGGUGGGAGCACUUAAGAUUCCUAAACCUGUGGAUUCCAUAGAGUUCUCUCCCUCUACCUCUGUGCCCCACCCUCUCUACUCUGCGCUCCCACAAGCCUGUAAGUCUGGGGUAAAUGGAGAUGGGGGGACGCACGGGAGACACCGAUGACAGUCCCUUCACGUCUCCGACGUCAGCCUUCCACGGCGCCGGCUGCUUUAUUUCUCGCAGUAACUCCAGGAGGCUCAACAAUUUCCGCGUCCAUUUCACAGAUGAAAAAACGAAGGCUCGCGGAGGUUAAGCGCGCACAGCGGUAAGCCGCGCAGCGGGAGCCGAACCGUAAACUCUUAGGCGCUCUGGUGGCCCCUAACUGCGGCCAGGACACUGCCGUGGGUCGGGUUGUCAGGGCAGGGCGGAGAAAGUGGAGAGUAAAUAUUUGGGGCUGUAACCUGGCUUUGGCGACUCUUUGUCACUGCAUUUCCUCGGCAGGCGCGUGGCGGGGGCGGGGCCUCGGGACAGGGGCCUCCCCGACUCCUGCGGUCCCGCCCCCGCCCCCGCCCGCGGCGCCGCGUGUAUAAGACCGCGGGGCCGGCGGGUGGCAGGCUGGUGAAGCAGCGGCGCCGGGAUCCAGCUGCGCUCGGCGCGGGGACGCAGGACGCGGACGGAGCGGAGCGCGAGAGGAAGGGCGAGCGCCGAGCAGCCCAGCUUCAGCCCGAGCGGCCGCCGGCCCCGGUCGGCACCUUGCAGGACCGUCCGCCACGCGCGCCAGGCCGAGCCGCCCCAUGAAGCCGCCCGCCGCGCAGGGCAGCCCCGCGGCCGCCGCGGCCGCAGCCCCGGCCUUGGACUCAGCGGCCGCCGCGGACCUGUCUGACGCGCUGUGCGAGUUUGACGCAGUGCUGGCUGACUUCGCGUCUCCCUUCCACGAGCGCCACUUUCACUACGAGGAGCACCUGGAGCGCAUGAAGCGGCGCAGCAGCGCCAGCGUCAGCGACAGCAGCGGCUUCAGCGACUCCGAGAGUGCAGAUUCACUCUAUAGGAACAGCUUCAGCUUCAGUGAUGAGAAACUGAAUUCUCCCACAGACUCUGCCCCAGCCCUGCUCUCUCCCCCUGUCGCUCCCCAGAAAGCCAAACUAGGAGACACAAAAGAAUUAGAAGACUUUAUUGCUCAUCUUGACAGAACAUUGGCAAAUUUUAUUGCCUGUUUUCUUACAUGCCGCACCAUCCCUACAUCAGAAGACGAAGGCUUGUUUUGACAGUUUGUUGUAGCACAGUUUGUGCUAGGCCCACGUAACGAGCUUGCCUACUUCAUGGAAAUUGCAGAUGGCUGCCCAGUCAUGCCAGUUGAUCAGACAUCCAUUAUGUGGGAAGCCUGCCAUUAAAUUUGGUGCUUUGAUGCACAUCUGAGAUGAUGUGAUCUGGUUAAGCAUAGGAUUUGUAAUCUUUUGUGAAUGGAUAAUCUUCCUUAUCCUUCAUUUACAGGUAUGUGAAACAAGGAAAAGUUUUGGGUCCUUUUUCUUAUAAGGGAGAAGCUUCAGAAAGCUCUAAGGACCUGGUCAAAUCAGCUAUGAGGAUCUGCCUCCAGAAGGGACAGAGAUGAGGCUCACUUUCCUACCACCAGCCGUCUCAGACCCACCUGCCCUUGGGCUCAUCUCUGGGCAAUUUAGACAGUGAAACUGACUUUGUUUACCCGCUUGCAGCGUUUUUGAAGACAUGACCCAUGCUAAUAUCGUAUUUUCUCUUAAAAUAUGGCUUUCCUGUAAUUUAAAGUGCUUUUAUGAAAAUAUUUGUAAUUAAUUAUAUAUAGUUGGAAACAGUAAUAAGCUUCUCUCAUUAUAAUAUAUUUUUGUAUACAAAUAAAAUUUGAACUGGAGUCCAGGUUUUUGUAAGCUUCAUUUUUUUUCUUUCUCUUUCAAUAUACACAUUUACAUUCAAAUAAUAUUCUAAUGGAAGUAACAUACCUUUUGGCUCCUAGCAAGGACUCUGUGUGCUGCCUAAUUGCACUAGAUAACAAGGGAGCGUUCAUGGUUUAGUGGUAGAAUUCUCACUUUCCAUACAGGAGACCCAGGUUCGAUUCCCAGCCAAUGUGCCUUGUGUGCAGCCAUCACCUGUCAAUGGAGGCUCAUGUGUUGCUAUG